AUGGAAAACAUUUCAUCUGUUCCUCCCUUCCUUGUCCCGCAGGUCCAGUUGAGUCCAGGACCUGGUGUUAGGAAUAGUGAGCUUUCCUUUCUGAAUGGCACCUUGGGAGCUGACACACUUCUCCAGGGCUCCAGACUGGCCCCCGUCUCUGCAAAGAGGACCCUAGAACCAAGGAGCCGGAGGAGCCGGGGCAGGAGGUUCAAGGUGCAUUCUCUGGAGCUUCCUGAGCCCAGUGGGAGCCCAAUGUCAGACAGCUCUAGUGGCACAUGGUGGAAAAGCCCUGGCUGGUCAUCCCAGGCCAGCAGCCCAGCCAUGGGCACCCAGCUGCAUCUGCCUUCUCCCCACCUGGAACCUGGGGCCAGAAUGAAGGUCCUCAGCCGGGAAAACAGCUUUCAGAAGUUUGAGGCAGAGACAAACGUUGACACGGGAUUCACCAUCAUCAAUUCCGAACCCCAGCAUUCCUUUUUGAGCAGAUUUUCAAUGGAUUUUCAGAUCAGCCAGUCACCAUCCUGUUUGCCAGCCUCUUCCUUGGGGGCAGUUACCUGCAAAAACAACAGAAUUUUUGAAGAAAGAGUCCAUCCUUUGUCACUUGCUGGCCAAAGGGACCUUGCUGCAAGGAAGAUUGUCUCAAAAUGUUGCCUUCAUCUGCCAGUCCAGGGUGAAGAAAGAGAAGAAGAAGAAUUUUUUAUAUAG